AUGACCAUAAAGCGAUUCAUUGUACUGGGUGAUGCUGGUGCUGGUAAAUCGUCGCUCAUUAAUUUUCUAUUCAACUAUUUAAACGGCACAACAAAUGCAGAUCAAGUCUUCAUUGCACGUUCGAAAAUAAAAACUGUCAUACCAUGUGCUAACUGGCUGGACUGUCUUGAUGAAAAGUACACGAAUAAUAUGAGUGAAUCUAACAUUAAUGACCAAACGCAAAGUCAAACUCAAUACUGUACUACUUAUACGAUUUUUCGAGGACCUAACAAGCUGUUGGAAGUAAUCGAUACACCAGGAUUUAAUGAUACACAUGGUGAUGACAUCGAUACGAAGAAUUUAAACAUGAUUGAAAAGGAGCUGAAAAAAAUACCAUUUCUAAACGGAAUAAUUAUGGUCGUCAAUGGUUCUUCUCCGCGUCUUGGUUUAUCAUUCAAGAACUUUCUACAUAUGUUGCAUCAAAUAUGGCCUAACGACUUGAUGAAUAACUGUGUUGCUGUCUUGACGAAUUGUGACCAAUUAAGUGUCAAUUUAGAUCCAGCAGUGCUCGAGCGCGAUCUCAAUGUUAAUGGGAGCAAAACAUUUCAUUUACAAAAUAGUUUAUUUCGAUGGGAUCGAAAACUAGAACCAAUGAAAAAAGUUGCUCGCUUCCGUCAAGAUUUCGAAGACAAUUUAGUAACAAUCGAAUCAUUAUUGGAUAAACUCGAAGAGUUUGAAGAUGUGUCAACAAAAUCGUUUUCAGUCGGCGCGAUUAAAAUCGCACUAAUUGAAAAUUGCAUCCAGCAAUCUAUAUCGAAUAUGAUAGAAUUGCUUGAAAAAUAUAAACAACAGAAACUAGCUGAGGCUGGUAUCGAAGGUGCACAAAACACGAUGGAAAAUAAUAGGCAAUGGGAAAAACAACAUGAGAUCCAUGCUAUUCGUUGGGUUGAGAAUCCAGUCGGCCGAUCGUCUUCGUCGAAACAUUCGCAACAUCAACAACCACAUACGCAUUUUUACAAUGGACAGUAUACAAUCGAUCCGCAUGAUCAUCAGUCAAAUAGACCAAGACCUCAGACUGCAAAUAAUAGACCUACUCGCCUGAGUUCAGAUCCUGGGAUGGGAACUGUGGUGGGUGAAAGUCGUGAUAAUAAAACAACACUAUAUACUGCUCCAGCCACAAAUCAGCAUCCAAAAGCCGAAGGAUCACAGCAGGAGAAAGCUAGCGGAGCACUACAAGACGAAGAGGACUUGGUUAGAUCAAAACUUGCAGAGGAAAUCGGUGGAUCACAGCAUGGAAUGAGAGCGAAUGAGUCACAUACAGAAAUGGGCUUUCGUGGAUCAAACUGUGGACCGAAAGGCAGUAUACCGCAGCAUCGAAGAGGCACCGGUGGUUCAUAUUACGCACAAAACGAUGGUAGAAUAUCUAAUGAUGCUUAUGUUGAUACUCGAAAUAAGAAUGAAAAUAGAUGGGGCGAUGCACACUCGAGAACGCCAUCAUCUGGAAAUCAUUAUGGUUUUAGUAAUUCUGAAGACAAUCGUUCAAGUUCUUCACGUACACCCGUGUAUCAACAGCAACAAACUAAGAUUCAAGUUACAUUACCGGAUAAUGAAGCCCGAGCACAGCAUACAUAUGCCGAACGACAAGAGAGUUCGUUGAAGCGGAGAGCACAGUACUUACAUGAUGAGAAGGAGUCGCUGAAAGGCUCAUUAAGGUCACAGCUAGAUCACUUGCAAAAACAGGUUGCCGAGUUGCGCUCAAUCAACAAAAAAUAUAAUAUUCUUGAAAAGAAUCAUGAUCUACUCAAUUCAUUUAAAGAUAUCAGCAAAUAUAUGGGUGAUGAUCCGUACAUGCUACAGUAUUAUAACGAGACCGUAGCAAUUUUAUCUAAUACCUAA